AUGGAGCUGAGCUGGCUUCAUGGCUGUCCAGUUGCCACAGGAGGAGAGAUCCGUGACGAGCCAAGCCACGUUCGAGAUGUGAGAUCCGAACCCUGCAUCAGCUCUGAGCGUCGUCCUUUCUCUACAUCACAGGUUGACAUUGAUACAGAAAUGGCGAUCCUGGCCGUCCUUCUCCUGCUGACCUUCUCCAUUGCAGCACCUGUCUCUGGUCAAGAUCUGAUGGACCCAGACCAGACGGCUGUUCCCAGAGGAUGUGGUUGGGGCUUAGUGCGCCCCUAUACUCUUCUUUGUGACCUGGACUCUAUUUGGGGCGUGGCCGUGGAGUCUGUGGCCGCUGGUGGUGCUCUGGCCUCCAUCUUACUCACUCUGGUUCUUCUGUGUCGCCUACGACACAUCAGCGAGGGAGAGAAGCGAAGUGGCGUGGGGCCCAUUCUUCUGCUGCUGCUCGGCGUCAUCGGUCUGUUUGGCCUGAGUUUUGCGUACCUCAUUGAGCAAGACGAGUCGCUCUGUCUCCUGCGGAGGGCGCUAUGGGGUGUGUUAUUUGCCCUGUGCUUCUCCUGUCUGCUGGUGCAGGGAGUGCGUCUGCGCAGGCUGGGGCGUGAGCGCCGCAGUCCAGGUGGAUGUGCGCUCACCGGGCUGGCGCUGGGGCUCAGUGCGGUGCAGGGGAUCAUUGCAGCAGAGUGGCUGCUGCUGACCGUGCUCAGAGAGGGCCGGGCCGCCUGCCAGUACCUGCCUCUGGACUUUUCUCUGGCCUGUAGUUAUGUCCUGGCUCUGCUGAUAGCGGCGCUGACCGCUGCCUCUCUAGCGCUGUGUGGGAAAACCCGACAGUGGCGCUGCAAUGCGGUGUGGCUGCUGCUGACCUGUGUGCUGUCUCUGCUGCUGUGGGUGGCCUGGGUGGGCUUCUACCUCUAUGGGAAUGACUGGCUUGGACAUUCCCCGGAGUGGGACAACCCCACACUGGCCAUCGCUUUGGUGGCUCAAGGCUGGCUCCUGCUCAUCUUCCAUGCCAUUCCCGAGUCCCACUUGUGUCUGAGACCCCCACCACAGCCUACAGCCCCAGACUACUUUGACACCUCUCAGAACUCCACCAGAAUGAGGGAGACCAGUUUCGAUGACGAAAUCCCACUGUCCCACAGACAGUUUGUGGAUAACCAGGGCUACGGAUACACUGACGAGAACGCAGCAGGUCUGCGGAGUGGUAGCAGCACCGGGCAGCACAACAGCAGCGGCGGCGCCCGGCCCAGCGCUCCGUUCCGCAGUAACGUGUACCAGCCAACAGAAAUGACCAUGAUCCUGAACGGGGGCGCGGUUCCCUCAGCGCCUCCCACCUACACUGGCCGACAGCUGUGGUAA